CAGCAGAAGGCCACCCUCGGCCAGCAGAAGACCACCCUCGGCCAGCAGAAGGCCACCCUCGGCCAGCAGAAGGCCCACUAAGCUGUAUGGAGGCCAUGGUUGAAGCCCGGCUUCACCCUGUGGAGGCCAUGGUAGAGCUUCAUCAACCAAAAAAAACAGUUGGCCUACGUUCGAGGGUCAGAAAGGUGAAGUGCACAAAGUGUGAAUUAGUGCUAAAUAAAAAAAAUGUAAAGCAGCAUAUGAGACGUCGCCACUCAACUGUCAAGGAGCACAUUACAGCCGACCGUCAUCUGGCAUGUCAGCCAAUAGAGAUUGAAAGGGGAAUAUUUGCUGUUGUAAAGUCCUUCAGCAGCAAUAGUGCACCCAUUCAUGUACAGAAGCGGACGUGGGGGACAAGCCAUCAAAUUCGUUAUGAGCUGGAUGCCUGUGUGCACAACACUGAGGUGAUGCGUAGGAGUGGGUUUAUAUCCUUUGAUUGUGCCCAUCUGCAGUCCCUGCAAUACUGCCCAUCACCCCUCAGCCCUCAGAUAGAACUAAGGGAGGAUGUUCUGAGGGACAUUGUCAGUAGCAGGUGGUUCAGCGAGGAGCGGAAGAGGGCAUGUCUUCUGAAAAAAAUGGCUGCAAAUGCUGCAGGAAUACCCUUCAGUGUUGAUGUUGAGGUGGGAAGCUCUUCCUCGAGAAGAUAUGUUUCCAUUUAUGAGGCAAAUGUGUCUUACUAUAACAAGUUUGGCAGAGUGAUGGUCAUGUUUGACACAGCAAAUAACACGUGGCGUUGCCAUUGUGUUAAAGCUAAACAGGCCUGUGUCCACAAGGCCAUUGCGAAAUGGCACUUUUUCCAGACAAGAAAGGAGCUCUUCACGGGAGAUGAGAGCGAGGAUACUCAAGAUAGUCAGGGCUCUGAAGACAAGGUGGAAACUGUCACCUCAAGCGAUUUUCAGUAUCCUCCUCGAGAUCAGGAUUUGGGGAGAAUUGUUAGGUACAUUCACAAUAAGAAAAGGCUUCCUGCAAACUUGCCUGCAAAUGUGUAUGGGUUGACAAGUGAGUCAGACGUGCCUAAACAUCUGAUGCCCAAAGAGUGUGUUUGUCCUGAAUGUCCUGGUGAUUUUCCUCUUGGUGAACCCCUGAUCAUCAGCAAAUCAGCAAAAAUCAUCACUGUCAAGGGAAUCAUUGAGGGUGUGACAACUUAUGGGAAAAAAUGCAGUAGAUGUGGAAUGAUGGUGCGAUACCAGGAAUGGGAGGAUGGCUUGCAUAACUUUAAUGACAAAGUCAUUCUAACUCUCCAUUUUUGCCUGUAUCUUCGGAACUGCCUCCAGACUCACACAGCUCUGGGUCGAGCCAUCGAGACAUGGGAGCUGACGUCGGGACAGCAGUACCCGAACAAAAAUAGCCUAAUACAUGGAUAUCUACAUUUUGAAGCACUGACAGAGCAUGAUUAUAACUUCUCCUGUGUCCGCUGUGGACAUCACCCUCCUGUGGUGGUCAUGGAUCUCCACAAGAGCUGUGUCUUCAGCUUGGCAGUCAGUGAACUUGAGGAUCCACCAGAUGGAUUUGAUGGGGAGGUGGACAUUGAUGAGUUCUGGGACUCUCUAUGUUUAGAGAGGAUUGCACGUGGUUUUGUUCCAAGUGAUAAACAAAAUCCUUUUGCCGUUAAACCUACAUACCACCACUGGGCCCCGUGGAUUGGACCUCACACCCGCAAAUCCAACAAAGUGCUCAAUACAGAGCAUGAAAAGGUCCACACAACAAGGCACCCAAAAGAACAGACAGAGAUUGACGUAACAGAGGACAGGCUAUUGGAUGAAAUAUCCAAUUUGAAGGUCCAUGCCAUCCGAAAGCUCUGCAGGGAGUGCGGAAUUGAUUCCCAAGGUUCCAAAAUGGAGUUAGUUUUAAGGCUGAGAGAAGAAAUGAAAACCCGAAGAAAAUUUGAUAAAAUCUUUCAAAAGGUUUGGGGAGCAUCUGGUGGCUGGGCUGUUGUUAUGUGCCCCUGUGGACAGGUUGUCUCGCUGAAAUUUAACAUUAGGGCAGAAAGUCCUAGGGACUUUACUGACUUAUUGUUGUCUUGGAAACACAUGCCCAACAUAUGCAUAUAUGACUUUGCAAGAGGUCUGGCUGUGCAUGCUAACCUUAGAGAGCCUGAGACGAUACCUUUCAGUCCUCAUGAGGGUAGGUUGUUGGACCCCAGCCAUGAAAACUUGCAGUACGCAUCCAAUGGUGGUAUGGUCAAUUUACCAUGGCUUAACAGUAGGAAAACUGUGCCGGACCCGGGUGGCCAUCCAUUGACUGGGUCAGCAGACCAUUACUGUCUCUACGACACAUUCCAUGAGGGAAACACCAAAGACCCAAAAGAUAUCCUCCGGAGGAUAAAGAUGGUACCUGAACUGGCAGGGAGAAUUAACAGCCAGGUUGCAGAACAACUCUUCUCAACCAUGAAAAAAAACAACUAUUACAUGAACAUGCUCUCGCCAUCUGCUCAUGUUUUCAUGAUGCGUAACGUUAUUCACAAUUACAAUCAGUGGAAGAAUGAGAAGAUCAAGGAGGAAUUAAAGAAGCUUGUGACUCCUGAAAUUCAGCUGUGUCUCAAUGAGCAUGGUCAGGCAGAAUUCUGUACCUCUCAGCCAACAGGGCUUAGCCCCGACCCAGUUGUUGCUGCCUACUCUCAACCAGUAGAACUUAGCCCAGAUCCAGUUGUUGCCGCCUCCUCUCAGCCAGCAGAAAUGGGGUUUAGCUCAGACCCAGAUUUUUUACCACCUUCUAAACGCAAGUUCAAGCUGGACUAUGUACUGGAUAUUAAGGGUGACCCUGAGGAGGAAAUUGUUCAAGCCAACAACUCGAUCCUCACAAGUGUGACUUUGCAUCCAAAGACGUGGUGCUUCUCCCUGCCUGGCAACCGGGGCACUGGACAUUGUGUUAACCUGGCACAUGCUGUGUCCAAUGGACCAUGGAGGUCAUUUUACUUGGCUGACGAGGGCGCAUCUCCCCAGCAUCAGAGCAACAGCUGUGGUGUGUUUAUGCUGAUGUAUGCAAUGUAUUCUAGCCUCCAAAAGCCAUACGAUUUCGUUGAGGUGGACAUGCUCUCUAUCAGGAGGUGGUGGUGUGGACAACUGCUUGAGACCUUUACACUUGAAAGCCCUGCAAGACUAGCCAACACACCCAUCUCACCCUCUCCAUCUCCCCAUAUUAGCCACCACUUCCUAUCACCAAGCAGCGAAAACCCUGCAGGACUAGCUGACACACCCAUCUCACCCUCUCCAUCUCCCCAUGUCAGCCGCCCCUUCCAAUCUCUAAGCUGUCCAUCAGGCACACCCAUUACAGAGGACAGUCCAUUCUUGCCACUUGCAGUCCUUCAGCGUAUUAUUGAAGAGACUCUGAGUUUAGACAUGGCUAUGCUUGGCGUGUUCAACAGAGUUUCUAAAACUUUCCGGGAACUCGCAAAGCCAUUCCACCCCUCAGUUUAUAUUAAUGAGAGUUUGGCUGGGGACCUCAAACUUAAAGACAGUCUGAUGCAUGUAACUGUUCGAAAAAUUUAUAAGACUGCAGGUCGUGGCAGUGGCCUUGCACUACGCCUGAAAGGCUUUUCCAAAAGAAGAAACUGGCCGAGCGCACGCCUGGUGCUGAGGCACAUGGCUUAUGGCAGGUAUCUGAUUGAAGAUGUCUGCCUACCAUAGUGUUGUUCUCUGAGUCUGUGUGGUUAGAACAACGUCGUCAACACUUUUAUUACUCCUUUCUUUUGUUUUAUUUGACACGUUUUAUUGUGUUAUCCCUUUCAGUUUUGCAUGCCAAUAAAUCUGUUUUAUACUGUACGUACUACAAUGUUCAAAAGUAAAUUGAUCAAGAGAAA